GUGUUUCUGACAGCCAGAGAAGGAGGAAGAGCGAGCAAGCAUUUGGACGGAAAGAUUUCGAUUUUCUCCCUACUUUGUGAAUACAACACACAAAACACUUUGAACCCUGAUGUCAAACAUCACCUUAUCCUCAAACACCUUAGGGGGGCAGCAGUACUGCCCCCUGCUGGAGGCCAUGCGAAACCACUCCAUCAAUAAGGAUGUAAAGGCUAACUUGGUGGUGGUGUGCAUCCAUGGCUUGGUCUCCUGCCUGGGCAUUCUGGAGAAUGCCCUGGUCCUAUGGGUGGUGGGCUUUCGCCUGCAGCGCCGCACUGUGGCCUCCGUGUGGGUGCUCAACCUCGCCAUGUCUGACUUUUUGGCCACGCUGACACUUCCCCUUUUCACCAUCUACCUCAACUCCUCCCACAGCUGGGAGCUGGGCAACAUGCUUUGCUCGGCCGAGGCCUCCAUCUUCUUCCUCAACAUGUUUGUGUCGGCCUUCCUGCUGGCAGCCAUUUCCCUCGACCGCUGCCUUCUGGUGACCAGGCCAGUGUGGUGCCAGAAUCAUCGUUCAGUGCCAACAGCAUGGAAGGUCUGCGUACUGGGUUGGCUGUGGGCAGCCAUUAAUGUGUUUCCUUAUUUCAUGUUCCGUAAAGUGACAGAAAGGCUGGAUGGGAGUAAAAUGUGUUAUCACAACUUUGCCUUGUAUUCAUCCUCUCAAGCGACACUGGCAAGGGACUGCAAGGUGCGGCAAGCAGCAACAGCAAUCUCCAAACUGUUGCUAGCAUUCUUGAUUCCUUUGGUUGUGAUUGCAGGCAGUUACAUCCUAUUUGGCCUAAGCUUGAGAAACAGGAGGUUGAGGAGGAAGCAAAGUUCCAGCAGGCUAACCGGAGCACUGAUUAUGUCAAACACAGAUGGAGUGUCAGCACCUACAGGUACUCCUGAGACCACAAAAACUAAACAUAUUUUGCUUAAGCCUGAAGCCUCCACCCCAACUAUGUCCCUGAAGCCCACCUCCUUGUUCCCCUCCACCUCAUCUAGCCAGGCCAGUCAGAGCCCAUUAUCCCAGAGUUUCACCAAGAUGGUGACAUCCGUGAUCGCAGUAUUUGUAAUAUGCUGGGCUCCCUACCACGUCUUCUGCGUGAUGGAGGUGGUAGCCCAGUACAGGCCCAAAAGUCUGUUCCUGGUGGAGAGGGCACUACCCCUGGCCGCAACACUUGCAUAUCUGAACCCAGUGUUGAACCCCAUUCUGUAUGCCUUCAGCUGCCCCAACUUCUGUGUGAGGAUACGACAGAGUCUGGGAGCUUUGUUUGAAGGGCUGGUGGAGGAGGGAGGAGGAGGGAUAAUGCGGGGAUCAGGGAGGGGUAAGACACUGCGAUUUAGGAGGGGGAGCACUCGUGAUGGCAGCUCGGGAGCUGCAGGAUCCUUAAACUGUCCCGGUUCACCCCGUCAGUUGCCGGACACCAAAAAGUCUCUUUUUUCUGACCGCUGUCAACACGACAACAAAGACACAGGGGAUGCAAGACAAGAGGAGAGAAAUGGGAUGGAGCAUGCCUGAAAUCUGAAAGAUACUGCAUUUAUAGCUCUGGAAGACUGAGGCUUUAUUUAACUUUAACUGAGCCAGACACAUGCCUUAAUGUGGGACUUAACAGGAUUAAAGAUUGCCUUAAUUGAAGCAAUUGUUGUUGCAUUUGCAGCAAAAUCCAACUUUGGUAGAGUGUUGGGUUAUAUAGUUACCUGGGUGUGAGUCCACAUGGUGGUGAAAUAUCCUUAUUAGUUGCUCUGUGCUUCCCUGGGCUGCUUUGAUUUCUCUCCAUUCCUUUCACUAUCAUGGCUAAACAGCUACCAAAACACCAUGUGGUGAAACAUCCUCAUUGUGACUGGGUGUAAAGCCUAGCAUAGUCUAGAUAACUAUACAGCCCAACACUAACAAAGUUCAAUUUUGCUUUAAAGCCUGCUCGCCAAUCCAAAGAAACUCUCUUUGGAUUUAAAGUGAAAAGCAUUUGGAGCAGACAGAAAUUCAGACACUGUCUGAUCUUGUGUGACAUUUUUGUUGUGCUUCCUGUCUGGCAACCACCAGUGACAUUCGCUUGAAUGUAGUCAAACUAUUUUGCACAGU